UCAUUCCGAGCCCAACGGUCGUCAACAGACGUCGGUUUUCCAUUCAAAGCUUUGUUUCGAGAUAGUCUUUCUUUUCUUUCUUUCGCAAUACUGUACAACUUGCGAAAAAAACACUUGCACUAAUAAAAGAUAAUUUCGCUUAUUACCGGUUAUUAUCAAUUGUGUUUUACAUCAAAUUAGUGUGAGUGAUAACUCAGAUGCAGUUAUUAUAUCGUAAUCUUUUAAUCUAAAUCGUUUCGUUAACGAGGCCACGGACUUGUUUAUCGCGAAGAACGAAGUUGCGAAUACCAGGUGCAUACAUAUUAUAUAUAUAUAAAUUAUCUUUUAUUCGACUACGUAUAUAUCUCGCGAUAUAACUCAUUCGCGGCGACCGUGUGAUACGAUCGUGCCGGCAAUAUUAAUUAUAGCUUUCGCGAGGUGUGCGUGCUACAUCGAGGAAUUCGAUCGACAUUCCGAGAAUUUCCGCUUUCUCGCUUAUCUCUUCUUGAGCGUGCCAGCGGUUUCAAUAGACUCCCGAUAGUGUAUUCGAUAAUAUAUAUCGAGGAACAACCUAAAAGCUUUCGACAUGGGGUUGGGCGCCGAACACAAGAUGUCUGACAAGAAUCCCGAGAUGAGGGACACUGCCGCGAGAAUUUGUCGAGAUUACUUGCACGGUGUUUGGAAGUACGUUACAGCGCAAAAUAUUAUUCUAAAACGUAUCAGUGGUGGUCUUAGUAAUUGGUUGUACAAUAUCCAACUCCCCGAAGGAACGAUCCCGAUUAGGGGGGAACCUCGACAAGUUUUGCUACGUUUAUAUGGACAAAUACAUGGAGAAAAAGCCUUGGAAGGACUCAUCACAGAAUCUGUUAUCUUCACAUUACUCUCUGAGAGAAGACUUGGUCCUAGGUUGCAUGGAGUAUUUCCUGGUGGUCGCAUAGAGGAGUACAUACCAGCCCGACCUUUACUCACAAAAGAAUUGGCAGAUUUUACUUUGAGUUCACUGAUCGCAGAGAAAAUAGGACAAAUACAUACAAUGCAGAUACCGAUUAGCAAAGAACCUAACUGGAUCUGGGACACAAUGAAUAACUGGCUUAUUAUAGCGACAGAUAUUCUCGAAAAUAUUGAAGAUAUUGAUAUUCAGCAUUUAGAUAAUAUUAAUGCAAUAAAAUACAUAAAUUUAGAAUAUGAAAUUAAUUGGCUCAAAAAUCUUGUGAUGCAGCAAAAAUAUCCAGUUACAUUCUGCCAUAACGAUAUGCAGGAAGGCAAUAUACUUCUACGUCAAAAUACGCGAAAGCCGGAAUUAGUACUCAUUGACUUCGAAUAUUGUUCCUAUAACUAUCGAGGAUUUGAUAUCGCUAAUCAUUUUGCUGAAUGGCAAUAUGACUACACAGCACCGGAAUAUCCUUUCUUUCACGAACGUCCCUCUGCUGGUCCUACAAAAGAACAAAAACUCAACUUCAUAAGAGCCUACCUGAAAAAACUGGGGAAAGAAGGAUCUGUGGAGGAGCAUCAUAUCAUGAUGGAAAUAAGAGUAUUCUCGUUAGCUAGUCAUCUGUUCUGGGGUCUUUGGAGCAUCGUAAAUGCAAAAAUUUCACAGAUUCCAUUCGGAUAUUGGGAUUAUGCUGCCUCCAGAUUGAAGAAUUAUAUGUAUCUGAAAGAGAAGAUUCUUGCCUCUGGUCCGACUUUGGAUGGAAACUUGAAAAGAAAAUCCAAAGAUAUAGAUUGAAAGAACAAGAUUGAGAAGAAAGAAGAUACAUUUACAAUCUAUAUAUAAUACUUUGCUCCAUAAAUAGGUAGCUUUCUUCGCUUUGUCAAAUCCAACUCAUGGCAUUGAUACAACCUUGGUGAGCAAUAAGUAACUCUUUUAACAGAGUAUUCGAAAUCGCAAAAUAAUGUACUCUGCUGCUUUCACAAACAUAUAAGUGCAUUUUUUGAAGAAUACACGAUAUGAACAUAUGGAGCAGAUCAAGAGUAACGGAAAGUAAACGGAAAGUCAACCAUGUGAUAUAGAAUAAGCAUGUACUCAAACGUUUCGUUUAGUAUUCUUAAUAGCAUUUGUCAAAUCUUAAUGCGCUUCUAUCAAAAAUAAGAAGCGAAGUACUUAAAUGUACUUCAUCAUUUUUAUUUGCAAUAUUCUUUUAGAUAAAUGAGAAAACACUAUUUUUUUUUUAUAAGGAAAGUUAAAAAUGACAAGGCUGAAUGUACAAAAACAUGUCAAAUUGUGAGAGUCUGUCAUUUGUAAAUGUACGUUUAAACAAAAAACUUUUUAUAUAUUUAUUGUAAGAGACUAUAUCUCCCAAAUUGUUUUUUGUUAAUCAUAUUUGUGUUCGUUUAAAUCUAUUACGUAUAAAUUAUACUUGUAAAUAGAAUUAGAGAAAUAUCCGCCAAUUUUACUUGAAAUUAUGCAACUCGUGUAUUAUAAUUAAGUAUAAAUACUUAAUAUUGUAUAGAGAAAGUAUGCAGCAUUCAACAUUCACAUUACUGAAAUUUAUCUAUAUAAAAUGCACCAACUAGAAAAAUGUAUUUUCACGAAUUUUCAAAUAUAAUGUUUACUUUUUUGUUUCUA